CCGUACCCCAGCUAUAGCCCUGCAGGUCCAUACCGUAGGGAGCGCGGAGAGAGGCGGCACCUGUAGCAGGUGGUGACUGCAGUGUGUUGGGUUAUAUAUCCCACGGGAACACCCCACAGCUACGGCAGCACCCCUCCCCUCUUACGAGCUGUCCAGGGAUGGGUGUGAUCAGGAGAACAGCUCCUGCACUGCAGCACUCAGGGUAGAGCAGAGCAGCCCCAGGAGACUCCUGCUGCAGCCAACAGGGUCCAGGAGACGGAGCCAGACAGGAGAUUUCUUCUCCCCACCUCUGUGACCUGAACAGCAUCAGGGUUUUUGAGGCAGCAGAACUGUCCUUCACCUCUGUGCUCUGGCAGCCUUAGACCAUGGAGAAGCGCAGAGACCUUGAAGAGAUCCUCCUCAAUGUACCUCAGUCCCGGAGUGUGGGAAUUGAGAUCACCAACAAGACGCGCGUGACCCUCCGUGGGCCCAGAUAUUUCUGCCAAAGUGGUCAAAUCCUGACACCCCCGUCACCAUCCAUCAGCCCCCAGUCCAGGGAAACGUGCGUAUUUGUGAAAAAGCAGCUGAGCCCCUGGGGGGUGUCUGGCCUUCUGGUGUAUGAGUCCGACCUCUUCUCCUUUGCGGUGAUGUUCAACAACCCUAUGCACAACACGAUAUCCCCCCAACAGUAUGCGGUGGAGAUCUACACCACGACAGCCAUUUGUGGAAGCCUGGAGAGUCUCUACAAGUCCAUGCAUUCUGACCGCCCUCAGUCCUGCACCUACAGGAAGGAGCUGCUAGAUAGAAAUGCCUCUUCCAUUGUUGUGUCCUCAGGGAGUUUCCAGAUUUCUGCCACCAUGUCCAACCACGACAAAGCUAUCCUUAAAUUGCUCCUGGAGGAAACACCUGGCCCUCCACCUCAAUAUGCUCCAUACGACUCUUCUCAUCCCAGGAGUGAUUUCCCCAAGGAGAUGCGCCCUCCAGCUUUCUCCUACCUGAAGAAAUAGAAGCGCUCAUGCAUGCAGCUCGGAGGAAAGGGGACGGCCUCACUUCCUUUGGGUGCCACUGUGCUCAUUCUGGGGUGGAAAGAGUAUUGACUCUUCAUGCACUGUGCUUGGCUACUUUUGCUUUCUGAAUAGGAAAUUGCUCAGCAGCUGGUGAAUGAGGUGAACAACACAGAGGGGAUGCUGACACCAAUCUGCAAAAGCACCACUUACAAAUCUUGGCUGUGCACAUACCUGAACCAGCUUCGAACAGUAUCAUGUGGACAUGGGAGUCAGGGUAGAGCCCGCAGUGCUUAGCCUAGUUAGGAAGGCACAACCUGACCCAUGCCUGUCCGAGGAGAGAGAGCUCCAGGUCAGGUAAUGCUCCCCGUGCAGUAUGUGCUGCAUAGAUUGCCCUAAACACAGUCAAUUUAAUGCAUAGCAAGUCUGGGUUCCUCUGUCGCAUUAGUCAAAUGUCUCAGCCUUGCGCUGGCUGCAGGAAGACAGACUAAACCCCAUCAGCGUUGACCCUGACAGUGUAAAACUAACCUGUCAAGAAAUUGCUUAGCUUAUUUGAACUGGCAGGAUGUGUUUAAAGUGCGUCAGUCAACAUGUGGCUAUGGUGAUUUUGAUGUGGUGCUUGCAGACUUAACAUUGGAUUUAGUACAUUUUCGGGCCACGACAUAGUUUGUCGUAAUGGCUAUUUUUGUCAGAGAUGAAAAUCAGUUUCUCCAGUCCACACGCAAAUUUGUUUUUAUCAUCUUUAUGUAUAUCUGACUCCUUUUUCACCACACCUGUCACCAAAAGGAAGCAAGCAAUAUACCAUGUGAAUCAUUUCCAUUUUUUACCCUGACAUUUUUCAAAACAUCCUCAUCUUUGUUUUCAAAAGCUAAUGAGUUAAGAAACAGCAAAGAACAAAGAAAAGUCAAACAAAGCUUUUUUUCCAGUAGCUGCUGUUCACUCUUUUGGGGUUGGUGCUAAUCAAAGGGAAAGCAAGAAAACAGUGGGGAAACCUAGAUGCCAACAUCUCACAUUUUCAGUAGCGUUCUGUUUUUGGAACCUGAAAGAAAACUGCCCAGAUGGAGAUGAGGGGGUGUCCCUGUAGAGAUCCAGAGAGGGGUGUCCACACUUGUCACAUAGCAGUUUCCUGCUUUUGUGCCUGCUGCUUUUCAUUUAAGUAAUGCCUGCUGCCUUGUUCUGCAUGGCUGCUUUUUCCUUCUAAGCACGCAACAGCUCCAAUAAACACUGUGAUUAAAGGACAA